GUCCCCACCCCUGUCCCCUUGUCCCCGCCCCGCCAUGGCGCCGCUGGCGGACCUGUACCAGGUGUCCAUGGCCUACGGGCACUGGCGGGCCGGGCGACACCGCGCCCCGGCCGCCGCCGAGCUCUUCUUCCGCCGCCCGCCCUUCCGCGGCUCCUUCGCGCUCGGCGCCGGGCUGGCCGAGGGGCUGCGGGGGCUCCGAGCCUUCCGCUUCUCCGCUGCCGACGUCGCGUACCUGCGCUCUGUCCUGCCCAGCACCAUAGACGACGCCUUCUUUGACUACCUGGCCACCCUGGAUGCCUCCGAGGUGACCGUCACCGCCAUUCCCGAGGGCUCUGUCGUCUUUGCCAGGGUGCCGUUCCUGCAGGUGAAGGGGCCGCUCCUGGUGGUGCAGCUGCUGGAGACCACCUUGCUGUGCCUGAUCAACUAUGCCAGCCUGGUGGCCACCAACGCUGCCAGAUUCCGUCUCCUCGCCGGCCCGGACAUGAAGCUCAUAGAGAUGGGGCUCCGCCGCGCGCAGGGACCGGAUGGAGCCCUCUCGGCAUCCAGAUAUUCCUACAUCGGGGGCUUCGACUGCACCAGCAACAUCCUGGCGGGAAAACUGUACGGAAUUCCCGUGCGCGGCACCAUCGCCCACUCCUUCAUCAUGUCCUUCAGGUGCCUGGAGGAGGUGCAGCCACGGGAGCUGCUGCCUCGGGCCGGAGGAGAUCCCGUGGAUCUGGCAGGCCUGGCCGUGUCCUGGCUGCCGCGGGUUUGUGACCUGCUCCAGACUCCUCCCAGCAAGGCCAACCAGGGCGAGCUGGCCGCCUUCGUGUCCUACGCCGUCACCUUCCCGUGUGACUUCCAGGGAUUGCUGGACACCUAUUGUGUCAGGAGGAGUGGUUUGCCCAAUUUCUGUGCCGUGGCCAUGGCACUGCACCAGCUGGGAUACCAGGCCAUUGGAGUGCGCCUGGACAGUGGGGACCUGGCCCAGCAAUCCAAGGAAAUCCGGGGAGUGUUCCGAGCCUGCGGAGCUCACUUCCAGGUGCCCUGGUUUGGGACCAUCCCCAUCGCUGUCAGCAACGACAUCAGCGAGCAGAGCCUGGAGGAGUUCAGCAGGGAGGGGAGCGAGAUCGACAUGAUCGGCAUCGGGACCAACCUGGUGACGUGUCCCCUGCAGCCAUCGCUGGGCUGUGUCUACAAGCUGGUGGAGGUCAAUGGCUCCCCGUGCCUGAAGCUCACAGAGGAUGAGGAGAAGAUGACAAUCCCAGGGAUGAAGACAAUCUACCGGCUCUACGAUGCUGCUGGUCACCCCUUCAUGGACCUCAUGGCCCUGGAAGAGGAGCCGUCGCCCAGCGCGGGGCAGGAGCUGGGGAUCCGUGUCCUGGGGCGGCUGGAGGAGACCACCAAGGUCAUUCCUGCCACCGUGGAGCCCCUCCACCGCACCUACUUCAAGGAUGGCCAGGUGUGUGAGCCCCUGCCCAGCCUGCCCGAGGUGAGGACCCACGCCCAGGUGUCCCUCAACCUGCUCAGCCCCGCUCACCGCCGGCUCCAUGAGCCACAGCCCUACCUGGUGGCCGUGACGGAACGGCUGCACCAGCUCUUCCUGGAGCUGCGCCAGGGCAGCCUCUGAAGGGGGUCCCUGCCCAUCCCCAGCUCCUGCUCCGCUCUUUUUUGGGAAGCCCAGGUGCCUCGUUAGGAAUUAAUGGCUCUAACUUAGACCUUUCCUCUGCCUGGUGCUAACCCGAGGAACCUGCAGGAACUGGGAGAGUGCCCUGGGGUCCCAGUAGGGAAGCUGGGAACACAGGGAUGGCGACGGCAGAGCUGUCCCUGCAUCCCCUGGAAGUGACAGUCCUGUGCCCAGCUUGGUGGCCCUGCCAGCCUUGUGCCUUAUCUUGGUGGCCCUGCCACUCCUGUGCCUUCCUUGGUGGCUCUGCCACUCCUGUGUCCAACUUGGUGGCCCUUCCAGCCUUGUGCCUUCCUUGGUGGCCCUGCCACUCCUGUGCUUUCCUUGGUGGCUCUGCCACUCCUGUGUCCACCUUGGUGGCCCUGCCAGCCUUGUGCCCUCUGUGGUGGCUCCCCAUCCUGAAGCUCCUUGGUGGCACUAGAACAACAUCUGGAGUGCCACCAAAAGGGUGACCUGGGACCCUCUUGGGAUACCUAUGGCAGACACUCUUCACUUUGGCAAUUCUAAGCUUCAUCUCUGUGGCCACAUUCCAACUCUUUCCAUUCUGGCCCAGUUCCCUGGGAUGUGGAGGCUGGCUCCAGGUUGAUCCCGGCUCCAGGUUGCCACCUGCACUCUCCAACCCCUGUUCCCACAGGAAACGUGGCUCUAACCCACACUGAGCUUCAGACUAAGCAAAAAAUUUAAAAUAAAGGCAUUUUCGCACCGUGUCUCUGACCCUAA